CAUAAAAUGCGCAACAACUUGAAACAGUUCGAUCUGGCUAUUGUUGGCGGAGGAAUAAUUGGAUGCGCAACUGCCAUGCUUGCCAAACGAAUGCUACCUGCGUCCACUCGAGUGGUUCUUAUUGAGAAGGAAAACACAGUUGGUUUUCACCAAAGUGGAAGAAACAGCGGUGUUGUACAUAUGGGACUUUAUUACAAGCCAAACUCACUCAAAGCUAGGUUAUGCCAGGAAGGUGCAUUUGAAACGUUCGCUUACUGCGAUUCGCAAAAAAUUCCGUACAAAAAAUGUGGAAAAUUGGUAGUCGCUAUCAAUCAGAGUGAACUGGGACGUUUAGAGAAUCUUUUUCAAAAUUCUAUUAAUAACGGAGUACCGGAUGUAAGAAUACUGGAAAAUAAACAAGAAAUUCAAAGAGUUGAGCCGAAUUGUGAAGGCAUUAGUGCAAUCUACUCGCCUUACACAGCAAUUGUUGAUUGGAAAGUUGUCACAGAAUCUUUUCGGCAGUCUUUUUUGAAAAUGGGCGGUGAAAUGAUGUUAAAUUUUGAGCUGAUCGAAUUGCGCCAAUCGCCCCAAUCAAGCCAAAUUUUUCCGAUUGUUCUGAAAUCUAAAAAAGGACAAUCUAUCAGGUCAAGAUAUGUGUUGACAUGUUGUGGUUUGUUUUCCGAUCGAGUUGCCAAGCUAAGUGGGUCAAGUUUAGAGCCUAAAAUAGUACCAAUCAGGGGCGAAUAUUUGGGGCUGCCUCAGAGAGUUGCUCGAGGUCUUUUGUCUACAAAUAUAUAUCCUGUACCAGAUCCUAAAUUCCCGUUUUUAGGCGUUCAUUUUACGCCGAGAAUGGACGGCUCGUUAUGGCUGGGACCAAAUGCUGUUUUUGCAUCUCAUCGUGAAGGUUACUCCUAUUUUGACAUCAGUUUAAGAGACACACUUGAGCUGAUAGCAUAUCCUGGUUUUCGUAAGUUAUCUUCCAGGUAUAUAAUGAAGGGUCUCGACGAGUUAACUAGUUCUGUUUUCUCGCGUCGUCAGAUAAGGAUACUUCAGAAAUAUGUCCCGAAGCUACCAGCCAGUGAAGUUUAUAGGGUUUCGGCCGGAGUGAGAGCUCAGGCAUUGACCAUUGAUGGUAAAUUGGUCGAUGACUUCGUUUUUGAUUCUGGCGUUUCCAGUGAAGCAGAAGGUUGUCGAAUUCUUCAUGUGAGAAAUGCUCCUUCGCCUGGUGCUACUUCUAGUUUAGCAAUUGCCAAAUAUUUAUUAGAUAAAAUGCAGAAAUCAUUCUUAAAUUUGACAUAGUAAAUUGUGGAAAAAUCUUUAGUAGUAUGUUUGUAUUCUUGCAUUAGUUUAAAUCUAACUAUACAGUUGAGCUUGAUGUGUACAUUUGAAAAAUUGUUGCGCGUUCGAGUCAGCCAUGAUAUGGUGAACAGGAGAGGAGCUAAAGAGAGAAGUUAAUACGAAUCCAAAUUUUUACCCAUUUUUUUAAACGAUAAUAACACUUGCUACAGCAAGUGUCUUGUAAUCGGGAACAAGACUUUUUGCCCUUAAACAACUCUUCUUACAAGAAACUGAUCUGGCUUUAAUAUUGAACUUUAACAACUUUCAGGUUCCUCCCCAUUUGGCCUGGAGGUAAUGCGGUCGCUUUGGCACCCUAAGGUCUGGGGUUCGAAGUCCCGGCAGGAUAAUAUUAGCAAGGUCAAUUAUGCCCUAUCAGAACUAUCCUGCCAUUUCUGAUAUCAAUGGUUUAAUUGAAACUGCAGGUUGUCGAAAGCUUUGAUGCAUAAGCGUCUACGCCCUUUUAGUUUAGAAAAAAGUUGUGACUUCAAAAGUGUCAAACUUUUCUUAAAAACUACCCUAUCAAAUCGGAGACGAAGGAUUCAAUCGAAUGAACCGGUUGCAAAGUUUUUUUUCUGCAGAAGCGGAGACUCUUUAACUUUUUUGCAAGAAAGAUGUUCUGUCCUUUUCACCUAAUUUAUUUUUGUAGAGAAGAAAAUUAAGGUUUUGGGCACAGUUCAAUUUUCGCAUUUUUCAAACUACGAAUUUCAUCCCGCAUCAGUAUAACAAAUUCAAAAAUUAUCAAACCGGUUAUUCCAGCUGUAGCUGGCCCCCUUGUGUUCUUUUAUCGAGACAUACGAAAAUUUUGGUUCAGCUAGUUUUUUUUUCCAACAUUUCUCACUUUUCUCGACUUUUUUUCAGGUUUGUUGUAUUGCAAAUGGCGCGAGGCUCCGCUCCGUUUCGGUGUCAAUAUUAACGCUCAAAGCGUUAUCGAAUCGGAAAAAAGACUUUUUCGGGUUGACAGCUAGUUUAAACAUUUAAGAUGCUGCUGACAUGCUCAGUUUCAUGAAAAUUCAAAUUUAACUAGCUACUAGUUACUGAGGGUACAUGCUAUAUAUUGAACUCAAACCAUCGUAUGCAUACUUAUUGAAUUUCUAUAUUAGUUUUCUGUUGACGAUUUUUCGGCUUCAUGGUUGUCGACUGAAGCUCUGUCUGUUUAGGUUCCGAAUUAUGUAGUUCACUUUGCAAACACUAUUUAUAUAGUUAUCGUUGAUCGUAUGUAGGCGUUACAUGCUACUUUUUCCAAUAUGAUUAUUCUUUCCGGUUGUAUUUUUGAGAUUGUUAAGACGCUGAAACCACUUUUUUGAAUGCUCAAAAUCAAUCCCAUUAGGACCUGUUUAAAAAAUUUAACCAUGAAAAAAGUUUUUUUUUUAAAUUAGUUUUUCUACUUUUUUUUUCAAUUUUAAAAUCGUUCGAUCAGCGUCAUGGUGCUUUCAUCCCAUAACUGGUAUCUAAAGUGGCGAGAAGCUCAGCUUCUCUGUGUCUCAAAUUCCAAUCAUAUUUCCGCAACCCCUUUCAUAAACAUCAAUUCAAUUCAAUUACCUGAUCCUGAA